UUUCAUAUACUGCUGGCGGUGCAGUGAUGUGCCAUCUCCGUUCUCAUGGGCAUGUAAAAGACUUGUAUACAAAAUAACUGCAACUAAAAAACUAUUCGAACUUUCAACUCAUUUGCUAUUUUAAAAAACUAUUUUUGUAAAAUAUUUUUGUUGUUUUCAAAAUUUUUUGUUUCCACUAAAGUUCAGUGAGUUCGUUCGUCCGCUAAAAGCAACUGAAUGAAUGGAGAAGCCUCUGCAAAUUCGAAGUUUUGAAGUGGCUCCAACGGCCAUAGACUUCGAAUCUCUGAUUGAAUCCGCAAACGUUCCCGCAGUUUUUAGGGGAUGCGUUAACGAUUGGAAAGCUGUCUUCAAUUGGAAUCCUAAGAAGAACGGUCUUGACUAUUUGCAGGAAAGGGUAGGAUCAUGUACUGUGGAGGCUAUGCUAUCUAGAUCUGCACCUGUAUUCUAUGGUGAUCUCCGAAGCCAUGAGAGGGUACCACUGCCAUUUUCUGCCUUUAUCGGUUUCUGUAAGCAACGUUUGCAAAAUACAGAUGGUGUUUGUGGACCUUGUGGUGUUAAUAAUGAAUUGGAAAGGAAUGGGAUGGCAGAGUCUGAAUCUUACAAUGAGUCUUUGCCUUAUGAUGAUGCCCAUCAACAAAUUUAUUUAGCACAGGUACCGAUAAUGAAUAUUGAGAACGAAGAGCACGUUCAGCUGGAAGCUUUGAGGGAUGAUAUUCAAAUGCCCAUAUUUUUGGAGGAAAAAGUUCUAUCAUCUAUCAACCUGUGGAUGAACAAUGCUGAAGCUAGAUCAAGUACUCAUUAUGAUCCUCACCAUAACCUUUUAUGCUUAGUUGCUGGUUGCAAACGAGUGGUUUUAUGGCCUCCUUCUGCAAGUCCAACAUUAUAUCCAAUGGCUAUAUAUGGGGAGGCAUCAAAUCAUAGUUCUGUUGCUUUGGAAAACCCAAACUUUUCAAUAUAUCCAAGAGCGAAAUGCUUAAUGGAGUACUCACAGACGGUUAUUCUUCAUGCAGGUGAUGCACUUUUCAUUCCUGAAGGAUGGUUCCACCAGGUAGAUAGUGAUGAAAUGACCAUUGCUGUUAACUUUUGGUGGCGCUCCAACAUUAUGUCAAGCAUGUUAGAACACAUGGAUUCAUAUUAUUUACGAAGAAUACUGAGGAGAUUAACGGACAGGGAAAUGGAUGAAGCUCUACGUAAGGACUCUUCUGCAGAAAUGCCGAAGACAAAAAUGAAUAUGUGUGAGCUGCUGGAUAAACGAGAAGGAGAUAAUAGUACUGACAACCAAAAUCAGACAUGUGAGGAAUGGGAUUUAAAUGGAACACAAGAGCAGAGAAAUACGUUGCAUGAACUGGAGCCAUUUUCCAUCCAGGCUCUUCAUGAACUUGUUUCUUUGGUUCAUGAUUCUGUUAAUAUUGCUGAUCAUGUUGAACCAGUUCAAUCCACUUCAACAGCUGAUUCUACCGCAAGUGUGAAAGUUGAAUACAAAAAAACUAUGACAACUGAUUCAUUUAGCUUGGAAGAUGAUCCAGUUGCUAAAAUUCUUUGGACCCUUGACUCAUGCACUCUUCAAAGUGUCUUUCUUGCUAUGGCAAGAAAUUUCCCAAGAACUCUGGAGGCUCUAAUACUGCAUUUGCUUUCACCGGUGGGAGCUGAAGUCCUCACACGUAAGUUUGAUGAGAUAGAUCGACGUACCACUGAGGACGAUAGGAACAAAUUCUACAAGGUUUUCUAUGGUGCCUUUGAUGAUCAGUUUGCGGCAAUGGAUGCCAUUCUGAAUGGGAAAGAAUCAUUUGCCCUACAGGCAUUCAGGAAUGUGUUGGACAAGUUUGUGGGAUUUGAUUUGGGUGGGCCAACACGUGGGCUUAGAUGAGAGUUUCUGCAAGCACUCCUUUAAAGAAAUUGGUCCCUCCGGGUCUCUGGUAUCUUGAGAGAAUAUAAUUGAUGUGUAUAUUCGGUGCUGCUGGAGCUUUUUUCAUUUUUUUUACGUUUUUCUUACAUGUAUUUUUCUACUGUUUUAAAGGAACUAAAAUCACCGCUAACUUUUGAUUCAGCUGUAAGCAUUGGAUAUCUACAUACGUUCUAAUUUAUACUAUAAUUGAACUACAACUCUGAAUUGUUUUUGAA